UUCAAGGUCGUGAGUAAAUAUCGAGGUGUCACGAGUACAGGUCAGUAGAGCUCCGACUUCACUCUACUGCAGAGUCGGUGUUCCUCUCUUCAUACUUGUGGUGCUUUCGUGUGUAGCAUAACACCGUGUCUCGGCUGUGAUGGAGCGCUGGCGGGGCAGAGUGGCUCUGGUGACCGGAGCAUCGGUCGGGAUCGGGGCGGCUAUAGCCGUAGAGCUGGUCCGGUGCGGUAUGAAAGUGGUGGGCUGCGCCAGGGACGUCGGAAAAAUACAGAAACUGUCAGCAGAGUGUCAGAGUGCCGGCCACCCCGGUGUUUUGGUGCCUUUCAAGUGCGACUUGACCAAAGAGGAGGACAUUCUGUCCAUGUUUGCAGCCAUCAAAGAGCAGCACAAAGGCGUGGACGUGUGCAUCAACAACGCUGGUUUGGCUCAUCCAGAGCUGCUGAUAAACGGCAAAACCAGCGGCUGGAAGAACAUGAUGGAUGUGAACGUUCUUGCGCUGAGUAUCUGCACACGUGAAGCGUAUCAGUCGAUGAAAGAGAGAAACGUGGAUGAUGGGCACAUCAUAAACAUAAACAGCAUAUGUGGACAUCGUGUAGUUCCCAAUGCAAAUCUGCAUUUCUACACUGCCACAAAGUACGCUGUAACCGCCCUGACAGAGGGCCUGAGGCAGGAGCUGCGUGCAGAGAACACCCACAUCCGAGCCACAUGUAUUUCUCCUGGUUUAGUGGAGACAGAAUUUGCUCUGCGACUCUACAGGGACCAUCCAGAUAUAGCAGCUGGUGCAUACUCUGCAUAUAAGCCUCUGGAAGCAAUAGAUGUUGCCAAUGCUGUCACAUACGUGCUGAGUGCCCCUCCUCAUGUUCAGAUUGGAGAUGUUCAGUUGAAAGGUACGGAGCAGGUUUAGAGCUGAGCUGCGGGACCCCCGGUGAAUUAAUGCACUGACUGAUUCCAUGUACUUUACUACAAUUAUGAAAAUGACAACUUAUUAUCUGAUCAUGAACCAAUUUACUGAUGCAUGAAAUAAAAUGA